AUGCACCGAGCAGGGGAGCCGGGCCGGCGGCGCACCCGGAGCGUGGAGGUGGCCCGCGGCCGCGCCGGCUACGGCUUCACACUGUCGGGCCAGGCGCCGUGCGUGCUCAGCGGUGUCCUCAGGGGCAGCCCCGCGGACUUUGUCGGCCUGCGAGCCGGGGACCAGAUCCUGGCCAUCAACGAGAUCAACGUGAAGAAGGCCUCGCAUGAGGACGUGGUGACGCUGAUCGGGAAAUGCGCCGGGGUCCUGCACAUGGUGGUCGGUGAGGGCGCGGGCCAUGUGGAGUCGGGCUCCAGCGGAGACGAGGCCGGCGUCCCCGACGGGAAGGGCUGGCCUCGGCCCAAGCUGGACUCCAAGGCUCUGGGCAUCAACCGGGCUGAGCGGGUGGUGGCAGAGGUGCAGUCCGGGGGCAUCUUCCACAUGAUCUUUGAGAGCCCGGGGCUGUGUGCCAGCCCCCCGGAGCCCACAAGGACCAAGGGCAGGCCGCUGUCGGAGCCGGCCGCUGUGCACCUGGACCCCGGACACCCUGAUCCCCCUGGGCUGUCCAAGGAGGAGAUGGCCAAGGUGCUGAGCGACGACUCGGUCUUCAGCCCGGGACCGGAGCCCCCCGAUGACGGGGCCCUGGACGCCAGCAUCCUUAACGUGGCCAUGGUGGUGGGCUACCUGGGCUCCAUCGAACUGCCCGCGGCCGGCUGCAACCUGGAACACGACAGCCUGCAGGCCAUCCGGGGCUGCAUGCGGCGCCUGCGGGCCGAGCAGAAGAUCCACUCGCUGGUCACCAUGAAGGUCAUGCACGACUGCGUGCAGCUGUGCAGUGACAAGGCCGGUGUGCUGGCCGCCUACCCCGCCGAGAAGCUGGCCUUCAGCGCCCUGUGCCCCGAUGACCGCCGCUUCUUCGGGCUGGUCACCAUGCAGCCCAGCGAGGACGCAGGCCUGGUGCAGGAUGAGGCCGGGGCCCUGCGCACCUCCUGCCACGUCUUCAUGGUGGAUCCGGAGCUCUUUAGCCACAAGAUCCACCAGGGCAUUGCCCGGCGCUUCGGCUUCGAGUGCACGGCAGACCCGGACACCAAUGGCUGCCUGGAGUUCCCCGCCUCCUCGCUGCCCGUGCUGCAGUUCGUGUCGGUCCUGUACCGGGACAUGGGCGAGCUGAUGGACGGCGUGCGGGCCCGCGCCCUGCCCGACGCCGACGUCGACGCCCAGCAGAACGCCAGCACCAGCAGCAAUAGCGACAGCGGCAUCGGCAACUUCACGCCUGAGGACAAGGGCGCGCGUGUGCUGGUGGUGGACCUGGGCGGUGGGUCCGGCAAGCAGGCCCCCGGGGGCAGCGCCGGCUGGGAAGGUGCGGGCGGCAGGGCCCCCCAGCCCUGGGCGCCCCCCUGGAACAGUGCCUUUGGCUUCGACCAGGAAGGGUGCAUCUCUUUCGAGGGCCCCCCACACACGGACAGAUUCCGGGAGGCAAGCAAGCACCCGGGCCCCCAUGGGGAGCUCCCGCCGACUGCUCUGCGCAGCUCUGUGCCCCCGGCCAAGCGGGGCGCCCCGGGGGCGGGCGGCCUCCAGCAGCGCUGGCUCCCGGUCCACGUGGUACGUGAGUGGCAGGGCGGACACGCCAGUGACCAGGACUCCUACACAGACUCCACCGACGGCUGGUCCAGCGUCAACUGCAGCACCCUGCCCCCACCCAUGACCAAGAUCCCCGCGGACCGCUACCGGCUGGAGGGCAGCUUCUCGCGGCCACCGCUGUCCACCCAGAAGGGCGAGUGGUCCAGGAAGGCCUUCGGCGUACCGCACAUCUUUGGGCCUCAUCGCAGCAUGCGGAAGACCAAAGAGGACAAGAAGGCCUCCAAACUCGCCUGCAGCACUGGCCUCGCCCAGACUGCUCAGCGGACGUCGGUCCGGAGGUCCUUCGGGAGGUCCAAGCGGUUCAGUAUUACUCGCUCGCUGGACGACCUUGAGUCGGCGACCGUGUCCGACGGCGAGCUGGACGGUGGUGACCUCAAGGACUGCGUGAGCCACCACAGCCUGAGCAGCAAUGCCAGCCUCCCCAGCGUGCAGAGCUGCCGUCACCUGCGUGCCCGGCGUGUGGCCAGCUGGGCGGUGUCCUUUGAACGCCUUCUGCAAGACCCCGUGGGCGUGAAGUACUUCUCCGACUUCCUGAGGAAGGAGUUCAGCGAGGAGAACAUCCUGUUCUGGCAGGCGUGUGAAUAUUUCAGCCAUGUUCCCGCACACGACAAAAAAGAGCUGUCCUUCAGGGCCCGGGAGAUUUUCAGCAAGUUCCUGUGCAGUAAGGCCACCACCCCGGUCAACAUCGACAGUCAAGCGCAGCUGGCCGACGACAUCCUUACUGCCCCACACCCCGACAUGUUCAAGGAGCAGCAGCUCCAGAUUUUCAACCUGAUGAAGUUCGACAGCUACGCACGCUUCCUCAAGUCGCAGCUGUACCAGGAGUGCGUCCUGGCCGAGGUGGAGGGCCGCCCGCUGCCAGACGCCCACCAGGUGCCCAGUAGCCCAGCCUCCAAGCACAGUGCCGGCUCGGACCACUCCAACGUCUCCACACCCAAGAAGCUCAGCGGGAAAUCGAAGUCGGGAAGGUCCCUGAAUGAGGAGCCGGGGGAGGAGGACAGCGAGAAGAAACGAAAGGGCGCCUUUUUCUCCUGGUCACGGAACCGCAGCACCGGGCGGUCACAGAAGAAGAAGGACCAGGGCGCUCAUCCCCAUGCACCCCCUCUUCAUGUCAACGGGGGCCUGUGCCGCAGGGAAUCUCAGGGCUCCACAUCCUCAGCGGGGAGCCUGGACCUGGCAGAGGCCUGCAGGGCCCUGGCACCUGAACAGGAGAAGGCCAAGCACUGCCGCGUGCACCUCCCGGAUGGCACGGCCUGCUCAGUGCCCGUCAGGGCUGGCAUGUCCAUCAAAGAGGCCCUGGCCGGGCUGUGCGAGCGGCAUGGCAUCAAUGGCGCGGCUGUGGACCUCUUCCUCGUCGGCGGAGACAAGCCCCUAGUCCUACAGCAGGACAGCAGCAUCCUGGAGGCCCGGGACCUGCGGCUUGAGAGGCGCACCCUGUUCCGCCUGGAUCUUGUCCCCAUCAACCGGUCUGUGGGUCUGAAGGCCAAGCCCACAAAGCCGGUCACGGAGGUGCUGAGGCCUGUGGUGGCCAAGUACGGCCUGGACCUGCGUGACCUUGCUGUCCGGCUGAGUGGCGAGCGGGCGCUCCUGGACCUUGGCGCCCCCAUCUCCAGCCUGGAUGGGCAGAGGGUCAUUCUGGAGGAGAAGGACCCCUCCCGGGGGAAAGUGUCCACAGAUAAACAGAAGGGUGUGCCCGGCAAACCAAGUCUUAAUCCCACGUCCAGAAGCCACGCAGCCACGGGAGAGGAGAGGCCGCUAGGGAAGUCUAACUCCAUUAAGAUAAAAGGCGAGAACGGCAGAAGUGCUAGGGACCCCCGGCUCUCAAAGCGUGAAGAAUCUAUUGCAAAGAUUGGGAAAAAAAAGUAUCAGAAAAUUAAUUUGGACGAAGCUGAGGAGUUUUUUGAGCUUAUUUCCAAAGCUCAGAGCAGCCGAGCAGAUGACCAGCGCGGGCUGCUGAGAAAGGAGGACCUGGUGCUCCCCGAGUUCCUCCGCCUGCCACCUGCCCCCACUGCCCCCAAGGGCCUGGGCAAGAGACUGGGCAAGAGCCACAGCCAGGACAGCGCGCCCCCCGGCCAGAGGUGGGGGGCUCCAGAAUGCGGGAGCCUCCCGUCCAGCCCUGGUUCAGGAGGCAGCCAGCCGCAGUCCCCCGCCGCCUUGUCACUGCCCGGCCCCUGGGCACCCUGCACCUCAGUGCAGGAAGGAGGUGUGAAGUCCUGGAGGCCUCAGCGUAGGGAGACGGAGGGCACCCCGACCCUGGACGAGGACCCCACAGCUGACCUGACUCUGGUGGGGGAGGGGGACAUCAGCAGCCCCAACAGCACCCUGUUGCCACCUCCGCCCGCCCCGCUGGCCGGCACCCCACCGCUGGACACGCCGGACACGCCGGACACGCCAGAAGCGCAGGCACCAGGUACCUCCAGAGUGUGA